UUGCGUGCGCAUGAAAACGAAUAUAUACGAAAACGGAAAAAUAUAUAACAGGCGCACGAGAGAUCUCUGUCGCAACUUCGCGUGCUUCGCGGCUCGCGCAUGCAGAUGCAAAUUGCAAGCAAAAGAGACGCACCGCACCGCACGCAGUUUUUGUGGACUUGUUUGCGCAGCAGAAUUGCAAUUUCAGUUUGAACGUCGCAGUUAACUAAGGUGUCGUCUGUUGUGAAUUGAGAUUUUCACAUUAGAUCCUGGUGUGGUCCGUGGUCCUCUACAAUUUUCUCACUUCAUAAUUUCAUCAUGGAUCAGCAAGAAAUUGAAGUUAAAUUAUUUGAGCCUUCAUCAUCUCCACGAAACUUCACUUCUGAUCCCCGUUUUAACUACAAAACUUUGAACAACAUCUUGCCAAUCUUCGUGAAGGUUACGUUGGAAAAGGACGAACUGAUCAAAUUCUUCAGUGAAGCCAAGUCUGCUGAAGACAUUGCUAGGCUCCUCCUUGCCAUUGUCGUGGACAAUUGCAAAGGCCCUGAGGUGGCGAUGACCAGAGUUGUGGAAUCACUCAAACUGGUUCCUGAGCAUAUGAAAGAAAGAGUUGAGGCUGUGAUGUUGCUUUCGUCAGUUGAGACUAUUUUAGAGUUAGCACCUAAGAAGAAGCGGAGGCAGUUGGCACAGAAAAUUGGAGUUUUCUUUGCCCGAUUCUGCAAGGACAUGCAAGAUCCAGCUUUGUUCUUCAGAGUUCUUCUCAAAGUUUUUGAAAAAACAAAUUUGCCAGGCUGUGAACAGUGGUUUAUUAGCCAGAUCCUUAUGUCAGCAUUCAAUGAAUGGCCAUUUGUGAACCACAAAUUGUUUGUUGAAUGCAUUGAGACAAACAGGGAAGUCUCAAAAAGGAAGCAAAUAUUGCCUCCAUUGAUGACCAAGCUUAGCUUCUUUGCCAAAACUUGCAACAAUGGUGUUCGCUACGGCAUUCUCAUUUCCCUCAAUGAUAAGCUGCUGAAAACAUUUCUAAUUGAGGAUGUGCUAAGCGUGGCCUAUGCAUUCAUGCAGAAUCCGCACAAAAGUGCCUGGGCGUUGGACACACUGGCAAUUGCUUACAGUCUGCGCCGCACAGAUGCCGGCUUGAAAGCCCCACUCAUCAGAGCGUUAAAAUAUUUUGAAAAACAGAACCACUUGCUGUUACCCCUGGAAAUUUCUGAAGCAAUUGUCAGAGCUAAGAUACUCAUGGAGCUGAGUGACUAUCAGCCAAUGGACAGGCUGAAGAUGAUGCCGACCAGUGCAGAAUCCGUCGAGAAGCUCCACCAAAUGAUCCAAAAUGAGAAGGUACUCAUUGGCCAAGAUAUGGCUAUUCCUGAGAGCAAAUCUAUUUUGGAAAAGUUUAACUUGGACUUAAUAAUGGCAGAAGAUCUAAAAAACUUGCAAAACAUCCAGGCAAUCCAAGUAGUUGACUUAACAGGGGAAAAAGACACCAGCAGCUGGACUUCAGACGUUACUGCAAAAAAACGUCCAUCUGCUCAGCAGCAAAGUUCAACAUCCUUGGAUUUUAUUCCUCUAGAGCCACCUACUUCUAAGCGCUCAAAAAUUCAAUAUACUGAGAGCACUCUUCUUGAAUCUCUGAGGGGACUAUGCAAUGGAUUUGGCAAUAUCUCGCAAAUUGAAAUAUUUAGCAAAGAGGUCUGUGCCAUGGUGAACUCAACCAAUGAGGAUUUGCUAGCAAAAUGUUUGCUUGGCCAUUUCAUCCAUGUUGUUGAUGAAGACUUUGAAUGGCCUUUAAUGGUAAUGUGCUCAAUGUUUUCCGAGUCUGGGUGGGCCUCUAUUGUGGAGAAAAUUGUUGAAGCCAUGCCCAGUUUUGUGAAGGAAGCAACCAAAUCUUCUGCUGAGAAAUUCGGACGUGCUGCUGCUCGUCUGUGUCGAAAUCUCGAUCAAAAGGAUCUCUUGAUGUCCUUCUUAGCUCAAGUGAUUGUAGAUCAAAGCCCUGAGAAUCUCACAACCUGCCGCGCAGCUCUCACCAUUUGGCCCGAAAUGCUCUCAAAAUCUUUCGAAAAUGUGACCAGCCAUGCUCUUGCCCUGGCUUUGUGGAAACUGCACACACUUCAAGAAGCUUCUUCAGUUAUUAGUGAAGGCAAGCAGCCUCCAGAAAAAGCAGCAACAAGUGAGGAGUCUGAGUCUGCGACUAAAGAAAUUUUUGGGGAUGAAAAGGAAAAAGAUGUUUGCGAGAAGCUGACAGUGGAAGCUGAGAUGAGUGCCAACUCUCAAGGAAAAAUCGUCACUGAUGAAUCUCAACCUUCAAACGGUUCUCUAAAUAAAACAGAAAAUGAAGGGCCCACAGAGAAAUCAAGUGAUGGGGAGUCUGCAGCAAAAUCUGUGCAGAUCGAGGAAUUUCCAGCAAAAGAAGGAGCUACAGAGGGGGUCUUCUGAUAAGUAAAUAAUAUGAGAUUUUGUAACAGAUUCAUUACAGAGUGAGAAGAAGAAAAACCACAUUUAAAUUAAGUAAAUACAUAAUAUUGUAUUUUGGUAAAACUGUACUUCAAAGUUAAAUUUUCUGUGACCCAUAAUAUGAAUUGUGGGAUGAGGGAUGAAUACUUCAAUAAAACACGAGUUUUGUUUUCAUCAUGUGAGAAUAUAAUAAGCUUUUCCAUAAAUAUACAGCAAUGGUUAAAGUAUAUUUUAUCAUUAAUAGGUAAUAUCGAGGAUAUAUUACAAUAAACUCUGGCAAUAAACAUCAUUUCAUUCAUUUUUCGCCUAUCUAUAAAUACAUAUACAUGUAUUAAUUAAGUAUGCCAGUAAAAUUUUUUUGGGAAAACUAAAAUAAAGAACUUUGUUUCAACUAAA